AUGGCGCACAUUAUGCAUGACAUCCAUGGGCUCUUUGAUGGCGAGAGAGGGAUGAUGGAGGACCGGGAAGGGGGGGAUGCUGUCAGUCUCGGGAAGGAGCCUGUUGCGUCCGGCUCCCGCGGGGGAUCUGCGGAAGACGGCGGGAAGGAGGACGGAUCGUCCGUCCGCAGGCUCACGCUGCCGCCGCGACCCGGGGAUUUGCCUCUUCUUUAUGGCGUUCCUCCGAACCCGAUCCUGUCAUUAGGGUCCUCCAGGGACACCGGGGCCCUUUUUUCAGUGGUAGCCCUUAACAAGCGCAGCAAAGAGGCCGAGUCAGCCUUCCUCGGAGUCUACAAACAGCUGAUCGAAGCCCCAGACCCUGCCCCCCUCCUCGAGGCCACACACUCCCUGGAGGAGCGCCUCCAGCAGCUCCAGGGCUCGGACCCGGGCAGCAGGAGCAGGGAGCAGGGCCGCCAGUGGAGGAGGCACUCGGAGGGCCUCGAGAAGCCAGACAACACGGAGGAGGGAGUGUCAGCAGGGGGCGCUCCAGCCUUGGAGACCCGCACCGGCAGCUCUCCUAGUGGCACAGGGUUGCUCCAACAGGGCCAAACACAGGGGGAUGCUGUCGAGAGCGCGGGCGCCCUGGCAGCCAGGCUGGCAGAAGCGGAGGAGAGGAUCAAAGUGCUGCAUGCAGCGCUCACGACCACCCAGACGGAGCUGCUGGAUCUGCGGUGUAAAUAUGACGAGGAGAUGGCGUCCAAGGCCAAGGAGGUCAGCCUGGUGGUGAGGAACCUGGAGAAGGCGAGCCAGAGGGCAGAGGCAGCGCAGAGGGAGGUGGAUCGGCUGAGAGAACAGCUUGACACCAUCCACAGCGCUUCCCAGUCGCGGAACCAUCCGGCAGAAGACCCUAAUGUGGAGAGGGAGCUGUCGGGGAGCCCGCCGUCCCAGCUGGAGAGCGCAUUGUUGGCCAAGGACCGCGAGAUCCUCCGGCUGCUGGAGAAUGUCCAGAGGCUCCAGUUCACGCUGCAAGAGGUCCAGGAGGUGUCGGCCAAUCGCAUCGCAGAGCUGGAGCGCCAGCUGGCCUUCAAGGCGGAAGCUAUCGAGAGGCUAGAGGCCAAGCUGCGCUCACAGGCGGAUUAUGAGGAGGUGAAAACGGAGCUCAGCAUCCUCAAAGCCAUGAAGCUGGGCUCCUCUGGCGGCAGCUCUUCACAGGCCUCGGACACCCUGCUGGUGGACAAGGAGACCUUUGUGUCCUCCCAGAAAUAUCUUGUGGAAAAGUCCAGAGCCGUGCACAGCAAUGGUGAUGUGACAGAUGAGGAUCACGCAGAGGGGCCAGGGAAGGAGCCCGGAAGGCCCGUGGGAUCGGACUCCUCCCCUCCGAGGGUCCACCGAAUGGACAGAAAUUCGUCAUCCAGCCCCGGGCUCCCUGGCUCUGCCCCCCACGAGCCCCCACGCCCAUUCUCCGCCUCGCCCUUCCCCGGGGAGAGGCUGUCUGCGGAGCACCCACUGCCGAAGCAGCUGCUUUCGCCUUCGUUCAGGAAGGACACUGGCGGCCCCAUGGCCUUCCCCACAGCGCUGUACGCUGCCAAGGCGGCACUCCUGUCGGCUUCCGGCGGUGAGGCUGGCCCCCCCAGCGACCAGUCGGAGAGCGGCGGUUCCAGUGCCGGCGACGAGGACCAGCUGGACACGGCCGAGAUCGCCUACCAGGUGAAGGAGCAGCUGCUCAAACACAACAUCGGGCAGCGGGUCUUCGGCCACUACGUGCUCGGCUUGUCCCAGGGCUCUGUGAGCGAGAUCCUGGCGCGGCCCAAGCCCUGGCGCAAGCUCACCGUCAAAGGCAAGGAGCCCUUCAUCAAGAUGAGGCAGUUCCUGUCCGACGAGCAGAACAUCCUGGCACUGCGCACCAUCCAGGUCCGUCAGCGAGGGAGCAUCACUCCUCGCAUCCGAACUCCAGAAACUGGGUCGGAUGACGCCAUUAAGAACAUCCUGGAGCAGGCCAAGAAGGAGAUUCAGUCCCAGCGAGGAGGAGAAGGCAAGCCCUCCCCGGGUGGCUCUUCAUCCAGGACCAGUGGCAGUGGGGGCAGCGCAGGAAACAGCUCAGACGACACCAUCAAGAGCAUCCUGGAGCAGGCAAGGAGGGAGAUGGAGGCGCAGCAGCAGGCGCUCAUGGAGAUGGAGGCAUGCGGCCGGGGCAGGACUGUGGGGGCGGCCGGGGAGCGGCUACCCCUACCCCUCAACACACCUCCCAGGGGGAUGCCCCUGCCCACAACCUACAUCAAGCAGGAGGAGGGAGGAACAAUGCCGGUGGGCAUGGCCAACCCCAGCGGAGGGGGGGGCAGCACCCCUCAGACCCCAUUGGGAGUCCUUUCCCCGGCGGCGUUUGUCCAGAACAUCAUCCGUAAGGUGAAAUCCGAGAUCGGCGAGGCUGGGUCCUACUUUGAUCAACACUGGUCGGUGGAGCGCAGCGGGGCGGCUGCGGCGAGCGGCGACGGGGCCCUGCGCUCCUACGCCUCCAACUCCUCAUCCCCGGCCCACUCCUCGUCCUCCUCGGGCCACUCUGCCCUGCCCCGCCCCUGGCCACGCCCAGACAACAGCGAAGGUCUGCCCAGCGGCGAGGAAGCAUCUGCUGGGGAGGAAGAGGUAGGGCGGCCGGUGGAGGUGAAGGUGGAGGCAGAGGUCUCGGCCAACGGGGACGUUCCCUGCGCGGGGCGGCUCUCCUACUACCCGGCGUACAUCCCACGUGCCCUCAAGCCUACCGUGCCACCCCUGACGCCCGAGCAGUACGAGACGUACAUGUACCGUGAGGUGGACACCAUCGAGCUGACGAGGCAGGUGAAGGAGAAGUUGGCCAAGAACGGCAUCUGCCAGAGGAUCUUUGGCGAGAAGGUCCUUGGUCUGUCCCAAGGCAGCGUGAGUGACAUGCUGUCCCGACCCAAGCCGUGGAGCAAGCUAACCCAGAAGGGCCGUGAACCCUUCAUCCGCAUGCAGCUGUGGCUGCUGGAUCAGUUGGGCCAGAGCUUGAGCCAGGUGCCAAACCAAGGCCCUUUGCUGGACAGGAGCCCCGCCACAGCUCAGCCUUCCCCCUCGCCACCGCCAAGUCCUGCCAGGAGCCCAUCCAGCCCCGAGAGGGAACCUGUAGGUCUUGCAUCUGACAGCAGCAAGGAGAACCAGCAGCCUGAGGGCAUCAGCCCCACCCCAGAGCCCCUGGGAGGGAAGGCCACACCCAGUCCUGCUCCCUCGCACCCUCCGCACACCCCGCUGGGCAUCCAGGAGCUGGUGGCCAUGUCGCCUGAGUUGGAUACCUACAGCAUCACCAAGAGGGUGAAAGAGGUUCUGACAGACAACAACCUGGGUCAGCGGCUGUUCGGGGAGAGCAUCCUGGGCCUUACCCAGGGCUCCGUGUCGGACCUGCUCUCGAGACCCAAGCCCUGGCACAAGCUCAGCCUCAAGGGAAGGGAGCCCUUUGUCCGCAUGCAGCUGUGGCUCAACGACCCCCACAACGUGGAGAAGCUGAGGGACAUGAAAAAGUUGGAGAAGAAAGCCUACCUGAAGAGACGUUACGGAUUGCUAAGCGCGGGUUCUGACAGCGACUCACCCGGGGCCCGCUCCGACUGUCCCAGUCCUGGCCCGCUCCCUGGGUCUGGCUCCGGACCCACAGCAGUAGAGCCGUGCCCCAUUGGCCAGGCCAAGAAGCCCCGUGUGGUGCUGGCGGCCGGGGAAAAGGAGGCCCUGAAGAGGGCGUACCUGCUGGAGCCGUACCCAUCCCAGCACACCAUCGAGGUGCUGGCCGCCCAGCUCAACCUCCGGACCAACACUGUCAUCAACUGGUUCCACAAUUACAGGUCUCGGAUGCGACGUGAGGUCUUGACGGAAGGCCUCCAGGAAAAUGACUUGGACUCUGAGGCCACCGUGUAUGCCACGCCCCCUGCCCAUAGCCCCACCUCUGACAGUGAGGAGAGGAAGCAGCCACACCUCGAUCGCUCCUCGAGGUGCCGCCACGUGCACAACGGUGUGCAGCACCCUCCGACGGUUAUCAAACAGGAGGCCCCUGAGGUGAAGGGCGAGGAGGAGGAAGGUGCUGAAGAUGGGGAGAUGGCAAGGGGGAAAUGCAGGAACCAAACGAGUUGCGUUUCCAUGGAGACCUGGUGCCCGCAGUUGAAAACAGAGUGUGAAGACCAGGAAGCCCUCUGCAGGGAGCCGACGCCAGCUCAGCGGUGCCCCACAAGCCUCAGGGAUGACGGGGCCAUGUGCAGCCAGGUUCCAUCUGCCCUGCUGGGAUCCUUGUCCCCCAGCACCCCCCAGAGGCCCAGCCAGUCUCGACAGGAGGGCGAUGACCCCAACAAACAGGCUGCUGACCCGGCCAGCUUCAAGGCAGCAUCGGAACCCGCCCGUGGUAGCCUGGAGGUGUCACUCAACUCUCCCUCCGCAGCUUCUUCGCCAGGCCUCAUGCUGUCCGUGUCACCUGUCCCUUCAUCCUCAGCUCCCAUAUCCCCGUCGCCACCAAACCCCGCCCCUUCCGCCGGUCCCAUCCGUAGCUUGGACCCCACAGCAACUCAGAACACCAAACUCAGCCGGAGGCGCAAUGAGAAAAUGGCCAACCUGGACAAUAUCAUCCACCGGCUGGAGCGAGCUGCCAACCGCGAGGAAACAUUGGAGUGGGAGUUCUAAACCACCUAGGAUCCCGUUCACUCCAUGGAGGCAAAACGCAGCCCUGGGUUGGAGGGGGAUGGGGAAGAGCUGCUGCAGUGUCCCUCCCAGCCAGGCGGUGGAGCGUAGCGCCAUCCCUUGAGAAGCUGGCUUCGUCCCUGUUCGCUCUCGCCUCCGAGCAGGAUGGACUGCUCAGCAGUUGCAAACUGUUCAACAGACAUUUAAAAAAGGAAGGAAAGAAGAAAUUAUUUAUAAACGUGUUUUACGUAUUUUGAUAAAGGACCCUACUUUGAGAUAUAUGUGACAGCCCUAGCUGUUGUGUUUUAAAUAAUGAGAGACGGGGAACACUUCCCAGCUGCGGUGUCAUGAAAUGCACACUGACACUCUGUAGUUUGCCACUGGGUGAGAUUAAAAAAAAAGACUUUGUCUUAAGCCAUCAAAAGCACUAUAAGUUAUUUAAAAGAGAGACUGACCAAAUUUGCUACUUUUUGAAUAGCAAUUUUUUGAUUUUUUUUUCUGUCUUUAAGACGAUAGUUUUAACAUCAAGUUAUACACAAAAUGUUAAUUAAAUUGACUGAGGGCAUAGUCCUUAAAAAGACUCUAAAUAGCAAACACGAUGUACGUAAAUUAGUUUUCUUGCCAAUAUGUUUUUGGAACAUUUGUAACACAGAAGCGUGUCAUGUGUGGUCGUACAUGUUGUAGAGUCGUCUGCAAUAGCCUUGUCCCAACACGACGUGGCAUGGUACUUCAACUUUUACCCUGUCCCCCCCAUAGUUAGUAAUGUGAUAGACUUGGAAAAAAAGUUGGAGAAAAUGUACAAAAAACAAUGGAAAAAAUGGAAAUGCAAAUUUUAACAGUUAGAGCCUUGUUAGUAGAUUUUUUAUUCCCCAGAGUUUUUUUUUUUUUUGAGGUUUAGUAAAGCCAGGGUAUUGUUUGUACACAUGAGUACAAUUUGCAUCUCUGCAGUUUCAUGUUUACCUCUAAAAGCGUCUAGGGUGCUGCGAUUUUGAGGAACACGAACCUCAUUGGUUGGAACAUCACAAAAAGUUUGCUGAACCAGCCUCUUUUGCAGAGCGACAGCGAGUAUCAUCUACCUGAGCCAACAGUCCACAUACCUUCUACAUAAAUACCACAAAAAAAUAUGUUGUACCAUGGGUCAGCAAUGAAUGCACCCCCACAGCUCUGGAGAUCCUUGGGCCUGGUUUUAUCAUAAAAGGGGCUUAUUAAUGAUUAUUUUUGCAUGCUGCUAUGACAGCAGGUUUCCCUACUCUCGUGUGACACAUGGGUUAAUAUAUGCUCUUCUUGAUCCUUUCUGGUUGAUUCCCCAUGUUUGUAUUUUCCUUCUUCAUGGCAACAUCACUAAGAUCCAAUUUUUUGUUUUUCCACAAAGUCCAUUCUAAAUUUCCAAAGGCGUGUUUCAUGAUGGGGUGAAUUUAGUCCAGUCUGUCUUUCUGGGGUGUGUCAAAUGCAGUUUUUCAUGUGGUAAUUCUUGGAAAAUGACUCCACUGAGUACACAGAGAUGCAGACAUGAAGGAGGGGAAGCUGGCAGCGUGGCCCCGUCAUGGAUGCCUUGUUGUAUCUCACACGGGUGGACCUGCGGGACAAUCCUUCACCGGUGACAACUCACCCCAGUGGCACCGCUUUUCUUUUCCAUCUUAAUUUGCAAUUUCAUCCCGGAACUGAAAACAAGCGAUGCACUUCUGGCACAACCAGAACCCUUUUUUAGGUGAUACUAUGUCUCAUCACUUCUUGCCUUUAAAUGUUAAGUGAAAGUCCAGCAUAAAUAUGAGUUGCUGUUUUUAAAGUUAUUCAUACUGAGUCAAGAUGUCCAAAUAUCGAUCGGUUUAUAAUUAUAUGAAUAGCUGCCCUAUACACUAUGUAAGACUAUGCCAAGUCAAAAACAAGAGACCCGAUUGGGUAUGUGUACGCAGUGAAACAGGCAUCACCAAGAAUAUUAUAACGCCAUGGAAAGCAGAAAUCUUUGUUCACCAAGAUCCAUUAAUGAGCUGUCAGCGACUGAGUCUGAAAUUUGGUUCAUUAAGGUUCCUCAAGGUUUGUGUUUUUUUCUCCCCCUCAUGACAGCAGCAACUUUUUUACCGUGUUCUGUACCUGCUGUGAAAUCCAGUGGCCGACAUGUGUACCGUAGCUCCACAAUUACCUCCUGCGCGAGCUCCUUACAGCACUUAGAUCUCAAGAAUUUUCAAGAAAGUGACAAAACACUCAAUUUAAAUAACUGUUUUUUUUUUUUUU